UGUAGUGCGGAAGGGCUUGAUUCGGGACACAGCCGUUACCCCUGUGCUUCAGGUUGAGUGUCGCUACACGUCUUGUGUUUUCAUUGUUGUUUUAUUGAGUUAAGAUGAGCGGAUUGAAGAUGAAGAACAUCAGCGCUGUUCCUCUGGACGCUUUCAGUAACGUCCGGAUUACUUCAAUCUGGACUUUCCUUCAGUCUGUAGAUUGGACUGAACCGUGGCUUUUGGGUCUGAUUGCAUUUCACAUCACCUGCUUUGUUUUUACUGUUUUCACCUGCAAAUACUACAGACUACAAAUCCUCCACUUCCUACUGAUGGUUGUGAUGGUGUGCAGUGCAGAAUACCUGAACGAGGUAGCAGCCAUGAACUGGAGGUCAUUUUCGAAGUUUCAGUAUUUUGACUCCAAGGGGAUGUUCAUAUCGUUGGUGUAUUCAGUCCCACUACUGUUUAACACUAUCAUUAUCGUGGCUGUGUGGGUGAAAAGGACGUUCACAACCAUGACCGAGCUUAAAACGCUGCAGCUGAAGAGGAAAGCAGCCAGAGCCAACUCAAAGAAAACGCAAUAGCUGUACAACAGCGUGGUGAUGCUGUGGACUCUGUUUUAAACAUAACUGUGCUGUUCUUGUGCUUUUCCUCCACCACCUGAGCACCAGAAUUAUUCAAUCUAAAGGAAUACAAAGAAUAAAGGUGGUAAAGGUGAAAAGGUUGAUGGAUUAUUACGUGCCAGGUGGCAGAACUACAAGAAGCAUGUAAAACACUUUGGACUUGAACCUGAAUUCUGUAAUACUGGAAUUGUUCUAGAUGUGCAUAUUCUUCCACACUCACAAGCAGAAGCCUGUAAAUAAGCUGAAUGUAACGGAAAUAUCUGAUUUUAUUAAAGAAGUAUUUGUGGUAAAUAAA